AUGAGCAAGAAAUAUGUAUACUGGGAAAAACAAGGUAAUGAUCGUAUGUGUGGAUUGCAUUGUAUAAAUAGUAUCCUUCAAGGCCCAUAUUACAGUGAAGAUGUAUUGGCUAGUAUUGGAAAAGAAUUAGAUGAGAAAGAGAAUGAAUUUUUAAGAAGCUCAUCUAACGAUUUAGUAAGAAAUAAUUCAUUUAAUGUAUUAGAUGAUGGAUUUAUAAAUAUAUCUGUAAUUAUUGAAAGUUUAAGAAGAAUGAAUAUAUUAUUAAAACAUGUUUUUGAAGAAGAUUUAAUUAAAAUAAUAUCUAGUAAUCAUCAAGAUAUUGGUUAUAUUUGUAAUUUACAAGAACAUUGGUUUAGUAUACGUAAAAUUCAUAAUACUUGGUAUGUAUUAGACAGUUUAAAAAGUUCACCUUUAUAUAUUAAAGAUAUGAAUUUAAAAUUUUAUUUUAAUGAUGUUAUUAAAAAAUAUCAUAUAUUCUCUGUUCAGAAUAUAAAUCCAUAUGUAUCUUUACCCAAACCAGAUAUCAAUUUUAUACCUAAAAAUAUUAAUCAAUUUUAUAUCCCAACGAAUGAAAUAUCUGAAAUUUCAGGAGUAUCAGAUAGCUUGUUAUUAGAAGAUAAAUAUAACCUGAACAAGUCAGAAAAUUAUUCAGCAUUUAAUCAAAUAAAUAACACACCAAAUUUUCGUUGGCCAGAAAAUGGGGGUAGAAGAUUGAACGAUGAAAUAAAUACAACAAAUAUGAAUAAUGUGGAUGACGAUGAUGAUUUAAAAAUAGCAUUAAAAUUGUCUAUGGAGGAAUAUAUUAAGAAUAUGGUUCCACCACUUGAAGAAAAAUCAAAUGAAAAUUGUAUAAAUGUGAUGGUUAAAUUGCCGAAUAAAAAAAUCCAGAAAAGGUUCAGUUUUACUAAAACAUUAUCAGACUUAUUUUAUUGGAUUGAAUAUGAGUCUGCUCAGGGCCAAGAUAUUACUUCAUCUUUACUUUUUAAAAAUAAUUAUUUCCUUUAUCAGUUAUACCCAAGGAGAAAAUUUUGUAAAUAUCAAAAUGGUUCUAUCGAAUUACAUACCGGAGGCAAGACCGAACUGGUUCAUGAUAAAUGCCUGAAAGAUUUGAACUUUGAAAAAGAGGAAACAUUUAUGAUGUCCUAA